AUGGCGGCGGGAGCGGAGCAGCGCGGCGCCGGCCUGGAGGCCGCGGUGCGGGGCGGGCUGCGCGUCCUCCGGGAGCGCUGGAUGCGGGGCGCCCGCCAGGGCGGCGGCACCGCGCCCGCCCCGCUCCCGGCGCCCCCCGGCCCUGCGGACGGAGGGAGCGCCCUGCAGACGCUGCCGAUCGACGUGCAGCUGAACAUCAUGUCCUUCCUCUCCCCCCAAGACUUGUGCCGCUUAGGAAGCACGAGUUGUUACUGGAGGGCAGCUGUGCAGGAUCCGUUGUUGUGGAGGUAUUUUCUCCUGCGGGAUCUCCCCUCUUGGACAUCUAUUGAUUGGAAAUCACUUCCAGAUGAGGAAAUUUUUCAUAAAGCCUUUUCAGAGGUCCGCGACAAUGCACUGUAUGAUUACAUGGCAGUAUAUAAAAGGAGCUGUCCUCAGGGUAGAAGAAGUUUGAAAUGGAGCCGUCCCCGGUAUGGGGCUGUGACUUCCUUUUUGCAAUCACUGGUCACUCAGGCAGAACCUCGCUUUGCUAUGUUUGGGCCAGGUUUGGAAGAGCUCGACAACUCUUUAGUACAAAAGAUGAUGACCUGCCCAGAAAUUCUGCUGGUAGCUGGCCUACCUCAUAGACAAAUUCAUGGAAUUGGAUCAGGAGUCAGUUUUCAGUUUAACAACAAUCAAAAGUUCAAUAUUGUGACACUGUAUUCCACCACGAGUGUGGAAAGGAGGCGAGCAAGGGAGGAGCAAGCUGUUGCUGUGAAUAAGAUGUUUUACCAAGAGAGCAGCACAGUAGGGAAUCAGCAAACCAUGCACUACAGUGUAAUUGCUCAAGUGAGGAAGGUGUGCGAAGUAGUUGAUGGAUUCAUUUAUGUUGCUAAUGCAGAAGCUCAUAGAGAGCAUGAUCGUCAGGAGGAGCUGGCUCGUAUUUUGGCAAUGAUUGAUCCAGCCCUUGGGCCUCCGAACAGACCCCUGCUGGUUUUGUCCUGUGUUUCUCACGCUGGUGUGGAAAGAAUUCCAUGUGUUUACGUGGCGCAUCAGUUGCAACUAAAUCUGCUGCAUCAGCCGUGGAUGAUGCAGGACACUGUAGCUGCAACUUUAGAUGGAUUGCUAAAUGGAAUUGAGUGGCUCUUGGAAGAAGCAAAUUGUAAAAGUACUCAGUAAUAGAAUUAGGCAUUUGUGCAUUGUAUAAACCCUUUGGUGUUUUCCAUUUCAGCUAAAGUAUGAAUCUUGUCCUUCCUGCCACAAGUGAAAACUAAAAGGCAAACCUGCAUAUAUUUCACUGCACAUACUUAAGUCCCUAAGUCAUUUUUCCAACUAGUGUCCUGAAUUAGAAAUACAAGCAGGAUUGUCUGGAUUCCAGCUGCGAUGAAGAAGUGAUUUGGAAGGACAAUAUGAGUGUUUUGUUUUGUUGUUUUUCUCUCCUUUCAACCAGAGGCUUUAGAGUACAAUCUUUUCCAAUAUAUCUGAUGGUCUAAUACCUUCUGUAAAUACAUACUUAACACUACAUUAAUCAGCACAGCCCUCUAACACGUUUAGUAAAUAUAUUCGGUGGGGAUCUUUACAGUGACACUUCCUGACCAAAGAAAGCAUACUGUAGGUUGUACAGUAGGAGGUUGACAGAAAGACAGUAACUCCUGAUUUCAGAAGAGUUCCCCUGUAUUUUUCUAGAAAAAAUCCCUAGACGAAAAAUAGCGGGGGGAUUUUCAACCCAAACUAAAUUUCUUAGAAGCAAACACUGCUGCAUAUGAAUUGUUGUUUCGUUGUUGUGAUCAUACUUACUAACCAACCACAGCAGACUUCAGCAUCUUUUGCUUUCUGUUGCCCUGAAAUCAUUAGCUUGAACUGCAUAUGCCUCUGAUGCAUGAACAAAUGUUAAAUAGGAUAAUUCAGGACUUUAUUGUACACAUAGACCAUCAAGUUUUCCAAAUAGUUGUGACCAUUUGCAGAUGUGAAUAAUACCUGUCUUGAAAUUUUCUACACAGUUGCAAAUAGUUUAUGAAAAGCAAAGCAACAUUUUAAAGCUGGAAUUGUGUUUUCCAUAUUGAUGUCUUUGGGGAUAAUCAUAGUCUUCCACCUUUUCAUGUUUUUAUUAUUGGGUGAAUGUUCAGAAACUUCACUUGGAUUUCUUGCCUGGGCAUUUAUUUGCUUUAUUCUGUGGUGGGGUUUUUUUGGUG